CGAAAAAAAGUUAUUUAAUCUGGCAACCCUAAAGCGGCUGCAGUCAAAGACGCGUACGAAUAUUUCCUACAAUUAAUCACAAUAAUAUAAAUUUCUCAACAAAAGUUGAAAUAAUAAACAAUAACUACUUGUGCGGUAACUUAUUUUGUGCGGUAUGAGUUUUACUGACGAUUCUUCCGAUUUGGAUUGGAAAGAGUCAAAAAUGAAAACAAGCAAGUCCAUCAAACAGGAGCACCUAAUAACUCAAAAUAAACCGAAAUAUGCACAAAAGUUCUGCCACAAGUGGUUGAGUAUAUUCAAACCGUGGCUCACGCGUUGUGAUGAUGAUUCUAACAAACCAUUUUGCCGAGCAUGUCAAUGCCGUUUAGAUUGCAAUCGCUGCCACCUACAACGUCACGAGCGUACUACAAAGCACGCACGGAACUUGGAAAUACUCGUGAGCAAAGGAGAAAGUGCGGCGCGACAAAACCUAAGUAUUCGACAGGAGCGUAGCAAGUACUAUCAACAACGUAAAAAGUUCAAUUCAUCUCUGGCAUCAUCUCAUGAUGCCUCAGAACUUGGCGCCGAUACGACAGAUGACUUUAUUGAAGAGUAUGUUACUACUAAAGAGCCCGCCAGAAAUGUGGAUCCCGAAGACGAAACAGCAUUUCAAUUUGUGCAAGCUGAAUCAGCACCCGGUGAUCAAUAUACAGAAGAAACUGUUCUGAAACAAGAAACUAUAUCUGCUGAUGGUCAGGGCGAUCCACUUCCUACAAGUUCGAGUCUAAAACAAAAUAAUUUACGGGAUGAUACCAAAAAAGUUGGUGUCAAAAAAGAACGAAUGAAAUUACUUAUGCAAAUACAAAAGGAUAAGAACGAUCUCAUGGAUUCGUUUCGCGAACUGAUGGGUGCAUCGCAACAGCAAUCAACGCCAAAAGAAAAAAAUCAUGUGGAUUUAUUCUUUGAAAGCGUUAGCUCUAGUGUUAAAGCGUUAUCACCAAAAUUAAUUGCUGAAACCAAAAUGCGUGUAUCACAACUGAUAUGUGAAUUAGAACUACGAGCGCUUACAGAAAAUGAGGCAAAUGCUGGCGGUAGUACUGCUGCGGUGGUAGUAUCGUCCGAUACUGGGGCCGUAAGCAAUGCGUUUAUUAUAAACCAGCCGGUGACUGCGGUAGUACAUGGAACCACAACACAACAUCACUCAACAGAAAGUGACGCACAUUUCGGAGCUCUUAGUUGAAAAAAGAAAAUUACUUUAACAUAUGUAGAUUAUUUUUCUUUUAUAUAUGCAUGCCAGUUUAAAAAAAUCAGCAUAUUCGUUUUGUUAGGUUAUGAAUUUCAUGCAAACAUAUUAAUAGACUUUCGCUAUGAAAAAUGAUGGUGAGAAUCGAAGCGGCGGAUAUUCGUUUUCAGAAGCUCAAAGAAAAAGCUUACACUCGGAUACACAGGUUGUUAAUUUCCGGCAUGUAAAAUUCUAUUAAAAAAAAAGACUAAAUAACUAAAAUUUAAUUAUAAUGAAAUUGUAAUUAUCUAAAUUACAUUUAGAGAAUCAAGUAAAUAAAAAUGUAAAUGUAUGCGAAAUUUAA